AUGAGCAGUAUAGACGAACUCUUCAAAAGCCACAAUGGCACGAAACGCAAGUUCGAGAACCCAAUCGAAGCAGACCCGUCGCAAGCCUACAAAUCCGCGAAACUGCAAGGGAACAGCGACGUCAAGCGCUCAGCGCAAGUAGAAGAGGAGGAGGAUGAGGAUGAGGCAGGCCCAUCUCUGCCGCCGGACUUCGAGGACGAGGGGCCCGGUGACGACGAGGAAGGCAGAUUCUUUGGUGGUGGUUUGGACGAGAAUGCGAAAGAUGCCAUGGACUUUCUCGAUGCACAGGAUGGGGAGGAUUCGAUACGGGAAGAAAAGUACGAUGCGGCAUGGGUGCGCAAACUAGCGCGCGAGUUCGAGAAGAAGGUCAACAAGAACGCUUCGCUGCGCGCAAAAUACGAGAGCGACCCCACAAAGUUCAUGGAGUCGGAGGGAGAUCUGGACGACGGGAUAAAGGACCUCAGCAUACUGUCAGAACAUACAGAGCUGUAUGAAGAGUUCGCCACAAGCCCAGCGGCUGCAAAGUUGGUCGAGCUGCUUGCACACGAGAACACGGAUAUUGCGAUUGGCGCAAUAGAGAUGAUAUCAGAGCUCACAGACGAGGAUGUGGCAGCAGAGCAGGAUCAGUGGGAUGCGUUGGUCGCAGCCUUUCUGGACGCAGAUCUGCUCAGUUUGCUUAUCUCCAACUUCUCCCGCUUCGACGAAACCGACGCGACCGACGCCUCUGGCGUAUAUCACUCCCUCGGCGUGCUCGAGAACCUGCUAUCACAACCUUCGAAUACCGAAAUAAUUGGGAAGGAGAAGGCGCUGCUCACAUGGCUCCUUGAACGCAUCCAGAAGCCCGAGAAGCCAACAACGCAGAACAAACAAUAUGCCUCUGAAAUCCUCUCUAUUCUCACACAAUCGUCGCGACCAAAUCGCGCACUCAUCGCUGAAGCCAACGGAGUGGAGAUUUUUCUCACAAAUCUUGCGCCUUACCGCAGAGACGACCCUGAGAAAGACAGCGACGAGGAAGAGUUUAUGGAGAACCUUUUCAACUGCUUGACAUCCGUUGUCGAAGAGCCCAUCGGCAAGGCCAAGUUCCUCGAAGCCGAGGGCACAGAACUCUGUCUCCUGCUUGUACGCGAUGGCAAAACGAGUAAAUCGCGCGCGCUCAAAGUGCUGGACUAUGCUUGCGGGUAUGCUGAGCCUGCACCCACACCUACAUCGAAUGGCUCAGAUACUGCAAACACAGACCUAAACGACGGUGUACCACCACACGUCUCUGUCUGCGAGAGACUGGUCGAAGCCCGCGGCCUCAAACCUCUCUUCAGCACAUUCAUGAAGACCAAACGCCCCGAUCCCGCACAAACAGAACACAUCCUCGGCCUCUUCUCUUCACUACUACGCUCGCUACCUGGCAACUCGGAUUCCCGCUUCCGACUGCUAGCCAAGUUCCUCGAGAGCGACUUCGCCAAGAUCAACAAAAUCAUCACGCUGAGAAGGCAGUAUGUGGCUAGGCUCUCUACCUUUGACAAGAGUCUAGAAGGCAGGAAAGCGGGUUUGAGCAAGGCUGAAAGGGACGAGUUGGAGGUUGAGAACAUAGCACUGAGAUUGAGCGAGGGUUUAUACGCACUACAGAGGAUUGACGCCACGCUUGCAUGGCUGGUAGCGGAGGAUGAAGGAACAAGAAAAGCCAUCAUCAAAGGUUUAGCCGAGACGGACGAGACACUGGCAGACGUCAAGCGAACGCUGCAGGCGCAACUCAACGGCGCGAUGGAGGUGGAGGCUGCGGAGAGAGAGGUGUUGGAGGCGCUGAUGCGCUUUUUGGACUAA